UUCCACCUCGAAUCGACUUCGUGUCGUCUGACGGAACACGGAAAGGCGCAAUGGAGGUGAAAAAGGGAUCAGCUGUCACUUUAGAAUGUCGAGCGUCUGGCAACCCUGUUCCGACCAUCACAUGGACAAGGAGGAACAACCUGCUACCAUCUGGUGAGAAGACUGUGAAAGGCACUAGUAUUACGAUUGAACAGGCGAACAGACAUCAGGCCGGGGUGUACCAGUGCACCGCCUCCAAUGGGGUCGGAGAAUCUGUCACUCAGAAUAUCACUCUGAACGUCCUCUAUGCGCCUGAGAUCGAGGUGGAGAGAGGUUGGGUCCACUCUGGGGAAGGCAACGAAGCACAGCUCGCCUGCAUCGUCCACGCAGAACCACCCGCUGAGGUGCUGUGGUACCGGGAUACCAUGCGGCUGGACACGACGGAGAGGCGAAUCAUGGAGUCCCGUGGCAGUCGACACACUCUUAUCAUCCGAAAAGUGCAGGCGUCAGAUUUUGCUAACUACACCUGCAUGGCGGACAACCAGAUUGGGAAAACCCGCCAGAAACUGGAGUUAUCUGGACGGCCAAACCCCGCCAUUUUCGUGAGCGAGCCGCGGGGGAAGUACCGUGACAUGUACAACAUCAGCUGGAAUGUGAACAGUUACACUCCCAUCGAGGAGUUCAAACUUUCGUUCCGCAAGUUGCCAGUGAGUUCGCCCCAGGCGUUACCGGGCCACCAGCAGCCACCGUCUCCACAGCAGCAACUACAGCCCCCGCCAAAUAAUCGACGACAGUCAAGAAGGGACAAUGACACGUACUCUUCUUACACGAUCUACGGACACCCUGGUGCCAGGAGCGACUGGAACGACGUCAUCCUCUCGCCCAUUCCGAGCGGCAAGCCAACCCAGAAAAUGACGUAUCUGAUACGCGGUCUGGAACCAUCCUCCCAGUACGAGGCGAGAGUGGAAGCAAAGAACCGGUUUGGAUGGAGCCGUUCUUCGGACAGCUUCACCUUUUCCACGACAGGCGUAGAGAACUCCCUGUAUGAGCCCUCACCUGAACCCGCAGUUCUGGCAGAGCCUGAAGUGCGUGAUUUAGGCAUGAGGGUUUACAACAACAUGGCGUCAUCAAUGUGCAGUGUGGUGCCACUGUUGAUCACGGCGCUGAUAGCAGUCACGUGGUCCUAGACGCCAAGAUUCCAUCAGUGUUUUCAAUGAUGGAAGUGAGUCAAAGUAGGGUGGAGUAACAUUCAAGUGAAGAGCCGAGAAAGCAGCCAACUCAAGGUCAUUCAUUCUCCGAUAGAGGGCAGUGACUGUGUUAGUUGGUGUCUGUGCGUGCGUAAGUUCGUGCCAUAAACAGUGUUCCCAUCGUCAGAACCACAAGUAUUUUUAAAUACGUCAGUUUCAUAUUAAGUAGUAGAUAUCAGAGGAGCCUUUCUUAUGUGAACAAUGGCAGUUUGACAAUCUCUUCUGUAAAUGUCACGUCACGAUGCAGGGAUGAGAUCAUUUUUAAAUUCCGUGUAUUUUUUUUUAGUAAUACACGGGAUGUUAUUCUAAAUACUGACAUGCAGCAAUUGAAUAAUAAAUGAAAUGUCUUAAAGUAUCUGAAAGAACGCAUAUAACUGUAAGUGUUUUCCAGUUUUUGUCACCAAAAAUCUUUUGAAGAUUUCUACAGCAGUUUGUAUGUUGGUGUAAAAAUGUAGCUUGUGAUUAUAUUAUGUGAAUUUCGUAUUCGUCUUUUCUGGAUGGUUACAAGAGAUCUUGUGUAAAGAAGAAUGGACCCUCUGAAGAAGUCAUCGCCAAUAAGAACUGGUGGCAUCGAUUUGAUACCAUAUACAGAGCAAUAUAAUUACACAAAACUAUUAGUGAGGCAGUAGUAAACAAAGAUGAAAUACGGAAGAAACAAAAUGGAAUAUCUUUCCUGUUAGAAAUAAAUGAUCCCCCCCCCCCACUCCAAAAGGUUUUAACAAAAAUAGAGUUGUCUGUAUCCCAGCUGUAAAAUAACCUUUUCCAUCGUGAAGAAUCUGUAAUUAGUAGGAACAAAUUAAAGUUAUCCACACCAAAGCUUUUUGAUGUUACCAAGUCUCUGGAGGAAUUCAUGGUUUUGUGCUACUAUGAAUUACUGAGUAAUAUGAAUUCGUAUGAAUGGUGAUUUUUAUAUCUGACACUUUUAAUUUUCAUAUAAUUUAUCAGCUACAUUGAAUUUAUUUUUGUAAUCCGUAAGUGAACUUCCAAUUCUGGAUAUAACGUAUUGUUUAUGACUGUAAUUUGAACUUUCUGAUAUAGUUCACUUUAAAAUAUUUAUAAAUGUGAUUGAAGACGAUUUAUAUAAGUAAAUGUACCCAGAAUUAUUUUAACGCAAUUGUAUAACACUUUAUCGUGUCCACUCAAAGUACGUAAACAAAAUUAAUAAUGAGGUUUAAAUAAAAAUGCUUCAGAUUGACAUGAUACGUCCCAAUAGGUAAGCAGUAUCUAUUAUAUUAUAAAUCAACUACUUUGACUUCUUUUCGUUCAUGUUUUGUAGUCGUCAAAUUGUUGAAGUCGUCUGAAGUUGUCUAAGUGAUAAUCAUCCCACAGAGAUCAAAGUGUGCCGGUGGAUUAAGAGAAAUGCUUGUAAUUCCACAAUUAUUUUAUUCGUACGUCAGGGCUUGCGUUCAUUAAUAUGUUAUAAUAACAUUAAUCCCCGGAUAAAAUUCGUAAUAUCGUAAAUUUUUUUUGGCAAAAAAAAUAUUUUACACUAAAUAGGACUGGGCUUUCUAUACCGCGCAGCUGUAAAGCAAACUUUUGGAAUGUGGUUCGGUCAGUCUAGAUCGACAAGCAAUGGACGCUUUUGAAUGUUCACAUUCAUGCCAAACACUCACUGUGCAAAUGAAAUAUAUAUAACUUAUAUAAUCAUAAAUAUGUGUAUGUUACUUAGCAAAGCCAACUUAGAAAUAGAUAGCUUUACUUCAAGAAUAUUUUAGAUACUAUAACUAGUAUUUCUAAAGCUAUUUUUAUAUGACCUAAAAUUAUUUGAAAAUUAAAGUGUCAGAUAUUUUAGAAGAGUUAAGUAAUGGUUGAUAUACAUAUAUGUGCUUCUGAUGUGUGCUCUCACCACCUUGCGUUUGUAUACUAAAUGUGCAGCCAAUUUCAAAACUCUUAAAUGGAAUUGAGGAGCCAUGUGAAUAUAAAUAUGUUUAUAUUGUAUUUAA